AUGGCUUCUCCUCACACAGUUCCUUCCAUUGCCAUCACCACUCUGCUUCCGCUGUUCCUCACUUGCAUCCCUCCCUCAACACUUUCACAGAACCCCAUUUCCUCUUCCUUUCCCCCAACCUUGGCCAACUGUGGACCACGGCUGCUGCCGCUAGCCUCUUGUGCACCAUUUGUGCAGGGCUCAGUGCAAUCACCGGCACAGCUGUGCUGUGACAACCUGAAGCAGCUCUACGCCCAACAACCUAGCUGCCUCUGCCUUUUGUUGAAUGACACUACCAUGAUCUCUUUCCCCAUCAACACCACCUUGGCUCUGCAGCUGCCAGACAUUUGCAACCUUCCCGUGUCAAACACUGCCUGUUCAGGGGUUCCUGUGGCUCCUACUCCACCUAAUGUUUCCUUGGGGGCAAACACUAGUUCCUCUGCUGCUGCCCCCACAAUGGUUCAAGUUCCACCAAAGCCAACCAUUAUGGGAUUUGGGUUUGGCCGGAGCUUUGGCGCAAGGUUGAAGACAGAAGGUGACUACAAAAUGGUGGUAGCAGCUGCAGCCACUUAUCUGGUGGCCAAAUUACUAUGCUGGACCUGA